UUCAGAACUGGGAGGUGUUAUAACAUCCGAGCGCCAUUGGGUGCUUGGUAGGGUAAACAACCUGUGACUGACAGCCCCUGGCGGUGCUGUGGGCCAAUGGGGGCGGCGCGGGGCAGGCUCUGGAGGCCGCUCGGGGGCUCCGGCAGCAAGCCGACGAAGACACAGGGCUGCUAGCAACGGCACAGUGGCGGCGCGGCAGUUCUAUGGGCAGUCUCAAAUCUGCCAGAGCUUGGUUCUGAACUCUUCUCAUCCUGGAGGUGCUCAAUGUUAAAACCAUUCAAGGGAGUAUUAAAGAAUCUACAAGCACAAUGGAUGGCUUUUAUGAUCAGCAGGUCCCUUUCACGGUCCCUGGGAAAUCUUGCACAGAUGAAUGCCGAGGGAGGACCAUGAAUGACAGAAAAAGGAAGUUUCAAGACACUGACUUGGCUCAUGAUUCUGAAGAAUUGUUUCAGGAUCUCAGCCAGCUGCAGGAGGCUUGGUUAGCUGAAGCCCAAGUUCCUGACGAUGAGCAGUUUGUCCCAGAUUUCCAGUCUGAUAACCUGGUACUUCAUGCACCACCUCCAGCUAAGAUCAAGAGGGAACUCCACAGUCCUUCUUCUGAGCUGUCCACCUGUAGCCACGAACAGGUUCUCUGUGCUAAUUAUGGAGAAAAGUGCCUCUACAAUUAUUGUGCCUAUGACAGGAAGCCCCCUACUGGGUUCAAGCCAUUAACUCCGCCUACCACCCCAGCGUCACCUGCACUCCAGAGCAACCCCCUUCCACCACCUCUUCCAGCAGCACCUGUGCAGACUCCAGCACAUGUCGCCUCUGGAGGUUCUUUGCAGGGAGCGCCUCCUCCCCCUGCCCCUCAUGCUCUCCAGGAAACAAGGCAACAAACCUUCGCUGUACCUCGGCCACCUCACCAACCCAUUCAGAUGCCAAAGAUGUUGCCUGAAAACCAGUAUCCUACAGAACACAGAUUUCAGAGACAGAUGUCCGAACCUUGCCACCCAUAUCCUCCACCAGGGCUUUCAGGGGACAGUCGCCCAGUCUACCAUAGGCAAAUGUCAGAGCCUAUCAUCCCUGCUGUUCCCCAUCCUCCUCAGGGUUUCAAGCAGGAAUACCAUGACCCACUCUAUGAUCAUGGGGUCCCAGGCAUUCCAGGCCCCCCAGCACACGGAUUCCAGUCUCAGAUGGGAAUCAAGCAAGAGCCCAGGGACUACUGCAUUGAUUCAGAAGUGCCUAACUGCCAGUCAGCGUAUGUGAGAGGAGGAGGAGGAUACUUCCCCAGUGGCCAUGAUGGGUUUUCCUAUGACAAAGAUGCCCGAUUGUACUUCGAUGACACCUGUGUUGUGCCAGAGAGGAUAGAAGGUAAAGUUAAGCAAGAACCCGCAGUAUAUCGUGAAGGGCCUCCUUAUCAGAGACGAGGUUCACUCCAGCUGUGGCAGUUCCUCGUUACACUUCUUGAUGAUCCAGCCAAUGCCCACUUCAUUGCUUGGACUGGCAGAGGAAUGGAAUUCAAGCUGAUUGAGCCAGAAGAGGUAGCUCGCCGAUGGGGAAUCCAGAAAAAUCGUCCAGCUAUGAACUAUGACAAGCUCAGCCGUUCCCUUCGCUACUACUAUGAAAAAGGCAUAAUGCAAAAGGUUGCUGGAGAGCGGUAUGUCUACAAGUUUGUUUGUGACCCUGAUGCCCUCUUCUCCAUGGCCUUCCCUGACAAUCAGCGCCCAUUUUUAAAAGCUGAACCAGACUGCCAUGUGAAUGAGGAUGACACCUUACCUCUGACACACUUUGAAGAUAAUUCUGCAUACCUCCUAGACCUGGAUCACUGCAGCAACCUCCCCUAUGCUGAAGGUUUUGCUUACUGACUUUGCUGAGCAGCUGACCUUAGAGACUCUGGUUCCACCAAAUAAGGGCAAAUUGUUUUUGUAAAGAACUUCUGCUGUUCAUAAAACUGCUCUUUUCAGAUAUAAAAUCAGAAGAGCCUAAAGUUAACUUUGUGGCCCUCCAACUUGAAGACAGACAAUUGCAUGGCUAGGAGCAAGUAGGACCUCCUGUUGCUGAUUACAACAGCUGCCACCACGAAGAGCAAAUAAAUGGAGAGCUCAUUCCAGUGGGAUGUCUUCUGGGCCCUUCUCGGAAGGGACAUGUGUGUGAUGUACAUGUUCCCAGGACCUGAAAACACAUUUUGGAGAAAAUAUGCUAUGUAACAAUCACAAAUUAUUGUAUCUACCUUGUAUAAUGGGAAAGGGCUUUGAUUUGCAGAGAGCAAGGGGAACCAAUGCAGCAUAAGCUAUAGGUCAUGGCUUACGGUGGUGCUUCUGGCAUGGCUGAAUUAGCACAGCCCCACUGGGUUCUCAGUGCAUAGGUCUUCAGUCAAAAGAAGGACUUUGCUUCUGAUUCCUUCUUUGUUUCAGUUUAAUUUUAUUUGAUCUUUUAGUCUGUAAUAAGCAACAUGAGCUUGAGAAAGUUGCCAUUUUGGGUAACUACGUACAACUCCCCAAAUCUCCCAGACAGCAUGAACAGAGGAUUCUAGAAACUGGUCUGAAAGAAAAAUUUUUUCCAAGCUGCAACAAAGCACUUAAGCACCAGAUCCAAAUGAGCCCAGCAGACCCCUGGCCAUCCUCUCUGUUACAAGGCUGCACAUGGAUAGCUUGUUUUUAAGGACAUAGGAGGGUUAGCUAAAAUUCUUUUUUUCUGUUGUGGGGCAACAUUUGUAAUCAGAUUUUUUGUAGGUUUUUGUAUCCAAGGCAAUUUGACCUUCUGCUUUUAUUCUUCCCUUUUCCUUUUUGGCUUCCAGCAGUGCCAAUGCAAAGGGCACUGCAGUUUGCAUUAGUAGGUGGGCAUGGGGGGGUUGGCUUGGGCUUGCUCCACCUUGUGAGAAUUUCUGCACUGGAUCCUGUCAAGGAGACUUUGUACAAUGUGUUCUGUAUUUGGAGGAUGCUCCUGUACAGCAGCAAAUGCAGGCUGUUUGGCUGUGUGUGUAUGGCUGGGAGCGGUAUGUAAUAUAAAAGGAGAGAAAUUUAGCCACUGAACUUCCCCAAGGUAGCACAGUUCUUUUUACCGCUGAACUACCUUUUUCUCAGUGAGCUUACAAGCCACACAGGUGCAACAGACCUAUUUUAGCUUAAUUUGAAAGUUGCAUUACCCUCUUUCAGAUGCUUUAUGCCAGUUGGGUAUGUUAAGAGGUCUCUUCUUUUUGAAGAAAAAAAAUUAACCUGGGUUUGUAAAAAAAAUGAGAUAAGGGACAAAGGUCCAAGUUGCUCAGUAUAUUAUAUACAGACAUGCAUACACACACGCACACACAUAUACAUACAUACAGGUGUGUGUAAAAUAACCUUGGGACCUUUGGAAAUCCCACCUUUUCCUUCUUAUGAGCAUCGUUGGCAUGCAGCUAUAACAUGCUUCACUCAGAUAUGCAUACUUUUCCAUACAGGCUCCAUGUUUUGUUGUAAAUGCUGUAUAGAAUUUCUUUUUCUGCCUUGUUAUCUUUGUUUGGGUUUUUGACUAACUUCACUUUUUUUAAAAAAAGGAUGAAGAUUAACUCUUUGUAGACGACUCAGCAACUCUCCCCAGAAUGUAUCAAGUGGCCUGUCACAAAGCACAGGGUGGCAGCAGAUCCUGCUGCUGCCCCAAUGUACCCCAAGGCUUUACAUUGGGGUUAGCUGUUUGUUCUUGUUCAGUUUUGGUUUGGGAAGUCUAUAAUGGAGAAAGGGUUAAUCUGAGGAUUGGUGUGAAAUGACUAUUGCCUGAGCAGGGCUAUAUAAGAUAUCUCCUGCAAAAGUUGCAUUACAUUCUGUACUGUGUACAAUAAAGGAUUGUUUGCUUUCUGUUCA